GUGGUGGCUGAGCUGCCGAUGGGGCAUGGAGGGAGAGGAGGAGGAGGAGGAGAGCGCGCGCGUCUUCUCGAGCUACCCAGCCGUCCGGCGUGUCAGCAUUGCAGUGGAUGAGACUAACGUCCUGCCGGGGGCUCUGCAGCUGAUCCGAACGCUGAGACCACAAUGGGAGACGGAGCGAGUCAAAACCAAGCUCUUCACUGAAGGCAUCACCAACAAGCUAAUGGCUUGUUUCACAGAUGAGAACAUGAGAGAUGCGGUCCUAGUGCGGGUCUAUGGCAGGAAAACAGAACUCAUUGUGGACCGAGCAAAUGAGCUGAGAAAUUUCCAAGUCCUUCAGGACAACGGCUGUGCCCCCAAUCUCUUCUGCACUUUUGAGAAUGGAUAUUGCUAUGAGUUCAUGUCAGGGAAGGCUCUGGGACCAGAACAUAUCCGGCAGCCAAAUAUGUUCAGGCUAGUAGCCCAGGAGAUGGCAAAAAUGCACAAGAUUCACACCAAUGGGAGUCUCCCCAAGCCCUGUCUUUGGCACAGACUGUACAAGUACUUUAAUAUUGUGAAAACUGAGUUUGCCAGAAAGGCAUCAAAUUCCAGCUUCCUUCAAGAAAUGCACAUUCCUAGCCUAGAGGUGUUAGAAGAAGAGAUUCACUGGAUGAAAGAACAUCUCUCCCAGCUUCGAUCUCCAAUAGUCUUCUGCCACAAUGACCUUUUGAGCAAGAACAUCAUCUACAACAAAGCAGAAGGUCAUGUCCGGUUCAUAGAUUAUGAAUACACUGGCUACAAUUAUCAAGCAUAUGACAUUGGGAAUCAUUUUAAUGAAUUUGCAGGGCUCAAUGAAGUCGAUUACAGCUUAUAUCCCUGCAAGGAAGUCCAAUUGCAAUGGCUGAGGUACUACUUGCACUCUUACAAGAAAUUAAGCCAAGAGGACCAGGGAGAAGGAAACAAAAGCAGAGGAGGGAGUGGAGCAGUGUCUGAAGAAGAACUGGAGAGUCUCUAUGUGCAAGUGAACCAGUUUGCUUUGGCUUCCCAUUUUCUGUGGGCUUGCUGGGGCCUGAUCCAAGCCCAGUUCUCUACCAUAGACUUUAAUUUUGCCAGGUACGCAGACAUAAGAUUUAAGCAGUACUUUAAAACAAAACCUGUGGUGACAUCCCUCCAAAUGUCCAAGUGAGGUUAAAAUCCAAAGAGUCUUCUGGUUCUCGAGAUUCCACUCUUAUUUUCUCUGGUGUAGAGCACCUGCCACCCUCUCCUCCUGCAGUGCUGAGUGGUCAGACAUCAUGAAACAGGUCUGGGAAAGAAAAGCACACCUUCCACAAAGCCAAAAAAAUUCAACAAAGCCCGUGAACUUGGCUGUGCCAUCCACGGAUCACCUGUCACGUGUUGGUUUCAGAAGGUGAUGUUAGGACAUGGCUGCUGGCAAGAGAUUCUGGGGCACAUGCAGGAAAGAUUCAAGGGCUUCUGGCUUAAUAGGUGGGUGGCCAAUAGGGGAGAAGGUUUGCUUAGAGAUCUGUAUAGCCUUGAAGGUUAUUGCUGGAUGACACCUUUGUUCCUUGGCCAGAAGAAAGAAAACUGACAAGAGUUUUGUUUUUGCUUUUCAAGAAAAGAACAUGGGAUUCUGGUCUUUUGGUUUGUCAGAAUGGAGGAGGAACCAUAGCUGCUCUUUACUACACUGAAAGAAUCCAUUUGAGGCCUGCUCCACUCUCCACAUGUAUGGGUGGACAGAAUAUCCAUAUGUCUUAAAAGAUUAAGACCCCAAAACUGGAAUAAAUAUUCCCACACACAUCAG